CUCCUCUCGGCCAUGGCGGCCAACAUGUACCGGGUUGGAGAUUAUGUCUACUUUGAAAACUCUUCAAGUAACCCAUAUUUGAUACGGAGAAUAGAAGAACUCAAUAAGACAGCCAAUGGAAAUGUGGAAGCAAAAGUGGUCUGUUUCUAUAGAAGGAGGGACAUCUCGAACACUUUGAUUGUCCUGGCUGACAAACAUGCAAGAGAAAUGGAAGAAGAGAUGGAAAACUCAGAAAUGGUGGAUUUACCAGAGAAACAGAAACAUCAACUACGACAUCGAGAACUGUUUCUCUCACGGCAGCUGGAAUCCUUACCUGCCACACACAUUAGAGGCAAAUGCAGCGUUACUCUGUUAAAUGAGACAGAAUCCCUUAAAUCAUAUCUGGAACAUGAGGACUUCUUUUUUUAUUCACUAGUAUAUGAUCCACAACAGAAGACUCUUCUGGCUGAUAAAGGAGAGAUCAGAGUUGGGAACAAGUACCAAGCUGACAUAAUAGAUUUACUGCAAGAAGGUGAGGAUGAUGGCAGAGACCAGUCCAAACUUGAAACUAAAGUUUGGGGGGCAUUUAAUCCACUAAUAGACAAACAAAUAGACCAGUUCCUUGUAGUAGCACGAUCUGUUGGUACAUUUGCUCGUGCUCUAGACUGCAGUAGUUCUGUUCGGCAGCCAAGUUUACACAUGAGUGCUGCAGCAGCUUCUAGGGAUAUCACACUGUUCCACGCCAUGGACACUUUGCACAAAAAUGUCUACGACAUAUCCAAGGCGAUCUCUGCACUUGUGCCACAGGGUGGGCCUGUCUUGUGCAGGGAUGAGAUGGAGGAGUGGUCGGCAUCUGAGGCAAAUCUCUUUGAAGAAGCCCUUGAAAAAUAUGGGAAAGACUUUACUGAUAUUCAGCAAGAUUUUCUUCCAUGGAAGUCCUUAACCAGCAUAAUUGAGUAUUACUAUAUGUGGAAAACAACAGACCGCUAUGUUCAACAGAAACGUUUGAAAGCUGCUGAAGCAGAAAGCAAGCUAAAGCAAGUAUAUAUUCCUAACUAUAACAAGCCAAACCCCAACAAGAUCAAUGUAAAUAAUGUGAAGCCUGGAAUGGUAAAUGGUACAGGAGCUCAGGCACAGAACAUGGGAGCGGGACGAGCUUGUGAAAGCUGCUAUACGGCACAGUCUUACCAGUGGUAUUCUUGGGGUCCCCCUAACAUGCAGUGUCGUCUUUGCGCAUCUUGCUGGACAUACUGGAAGAAAUAUGGUGGCUUGAAAAUGCCAACACGGCUUGAUGGGGAGCGGCCAGGACCAAACCGCAACAAUAUGAGCCCUCACGGUGCACCGUUACGGAAUGGCGGGAGUCCAAAGUUUGCCAUGAAAACACGGCAGGCUUUUUAUCUACACACAACAAAGAUGACCAGGCUUGCCAGGCGACUAUGUAGGGACAUCUUGCGUCCUUGGCAUGCGGCACGGCUUCCUUACAUGCCUAUCAAUAGUGCAGCCAUCAAAGCAGAAUGCACAGCCCGUUUACCAGAAGCCUCCGAAAAUCCGUUGUUGUUAAAGCAAGUUGUUAGAAAACCUUUAGAAGCAGUACUUCGGUAUCUAGAAUUUCAUCCCUGUCCUCUGAAACCUGAUCCUACUAAGAGGUUAUCUGGCUCUCUCAGCAGUGUGCCUUGUUCUAAGUUUGCCCCAGUGAUUAACAAUGGAUCUCCGACUAUCUUGGGGAAGAGAAGCUACGAGCAGCAUAACGGGAUGGAUGGCAAGAUGAAGAAGCGCCUCUUGAUGCCUAGCAAAGGGCUGCCUAACCACGGACAAACCCGACAAAUGGGACCAAGUCGAAACUUACUGCUCAAUGGGAAAUCAUACCCAACAAAAGUCCGGUUAAUCCGUGGUGGAACCUUGCCUCCAGUGAAAAGGAGGAGGAUGAACUGGAUUGAUGCUCCUGACGAUGUUUUCUACAUGGUCACAGAGGAAACCAGGAAAAUUCGCAAGCUGCUUUCCUCCUAUGAAGCCAAGAGAGCUGCAAGAAGCCCUUAUAAGCCAAUCAUCCUCCAGCCUCUACAAGGAGGGCACCUGCAACAGCCAAUGAAUGAUGAACCAAUAAUUAUCGAGGACUAAAACAGGAAAGGUCUUUAAAACACUGGAGAGCUUUCCUCAACGUCCACAUGCCAUUUUGUG